CUAUAAAUAUACAAGAACCACAAGCCACAAUCUAGCAACAAAACGCGACCAACAAAAAGUUAUGACGUUAUCUAUCUUCUUGAUUUCUCUUCUCUCUCUUUCGUCGGCUGUAUUCUCCGAUGACGCAUCUUUCCAAAAACUUCCGGUGCCGGGAAAGAGGUCAGGCCCUGAAGCUUUCGCCAUUGAUUCCACCGGAAAAGGUUUCUUUACCGGAGUAUCCGGUGGUAAAAUCCUCAGCUAUACUCCAGGGAAAGGUUAUAUCGAGUUUGCCUAUAUGACGGAAUCCUCGAAGUCGCAAUGGUGCGAUGGAGCCCUUGGAACUGCUAAUGCCGGAAAAUGCGGCCGCCCGGCGGGAUUAGCAUUCAACGACAUUACAAGAGAGCUCUACGUGGCCGAUGCUGUAUUGGGUCUUCACGUCGUCCAUGCUGUCUUCGGCAGUAUGGCCAAGAAGAUAGCCGACAGUGUUGACGGCAGACCGUUCGUGUUUCUCGAUGGUCUCGACGUUGAUAACACUACCGGCGUCGUCUAUUUCACUUCCUUCAGCUCAAAGUUUAGCGCUGGCGAUGUGUUGAAAGCAGUGGCAUCAAAAGACGCUACUGGAAAACUCUUCAAAUACGAUCCAUCAAAAAAGAAGGUGACUGUAUUGCUAGAAGGUCUAAGUGGCUCAGCUGGUUGUGCCGUCAGCUCAGAUGGUUCGUUCGUGCUGGUUGGUCAGUUCACCAAGAGUAACAUCAAGAGGUACUGGAUCAAAGGACCUAAAGCUGGUUCUUCUGAAGACUUCACCAAUGCUGUCUCGAACCCUGACAAUAUCAAGAGAAUCGGUUCUACUGGAAAUUUUUGGGUUGCUUCGGUUGUGAACACAGCCACCGGAAUAACAAAUCCGUCGGCAGUUAAAGUUAAUUCUGAUGGUAAAGUGCUUCAGACAAUUUCGCUUAAGGAUAAGUUUGGGGAUACUUUGGUCAGUGAGGCUAAUGAGUCCCAAGGAAAGCUUUAUAUUGGAACUCUGUUUGGUCCUUUUGCGGGAAUCCUUAAGCUUUAAAGUGAAUAAGGCUUUAAGAAAUUAAGUGAUUGUUUCAGAAUAAUAAACUUUUUAGACAUGUAAAAUUAUUGUUUCUAAAUAAA